CUCUCGGGAGGCUGGAUUAGCCACAAGUUGUGGUGAACCAGGGUAGAAUUGGUGUGCCUUUUACUCUUCUCUUUACUUCUCGUUUAUUUAUUAUUUAUUCCUGCGAUUUCUUGAUCAAACGCUAUUCUCCCCCCUAUAGCGUUGGUCUAUUAUUCUAACAAUUGGUAUCAGAGCCUAACUCGCGUCCAAACUUAACCGUUUGAGAAGCGAUCAUGGGUUCUUCUUCUAGAAAUCUCUAUGUAGGAAUUGGAGAAGGUCAAUCAACUUCUAGACCACCACUCUUUGACGGCACCAACUAUUCUUAUGGGAAGGAACGGAUGAGAAUCUAUAUCCGUUCCACCAACUUCCAAUUAUGGUUGGUCAUCAAAAACGGAGAGGAAAUCCCGAUGAAGAAAGUUGACGACAAGUUGAUCCCCAAGACCGAAGAUGAGUUUGAUGCCGAGGACAUCAAGAAUAUUGAUAAUUAUGCAAAGGCCAUCAAUAUACUAUAUUGUGCGGUCAACCCCGAUGACUACCGGAAAAUCUCCUGCUGCACAACCGCCAAGGAGAUGUGGGACAAGCUUGAAGUGACGUACGAAGGUACUGAUCAAGUUCGUGAAGCCAAGAUCGAUUUUCUCACUCAAGAGUACAAAAUGUUCCGAAUGAAAGAAGGUGAGAAAAUCGAUGACAUGUUCGACCGGUUCUCAAAAAUCAUCAACGACCUUCAUGCUCUCAAAAAGUCUUACGCCAACAAGGAUCUCGUGAGGAAAAUCCUGCAGAGUCUCACACCCGAAUGGAGGUCAAAAGCCGAUGUAAUCUACGAGUCCAUCGGAGUCUCCAAUGUCACCAUCGACGGGCUAAGAGGUAACCUCAAAACUUAUGAAUCUACUAUUCUAACCCCGUCUUUGGAUGAACAAAAGAAGAAAGGAAUAGCGCUCAAAGCAACCAAGGAGACCGUAGAGGAGGUUUCAAGCAAUGAUGACAACGAAUUUGGACUUGUCAUCAAGAAGUUCCACAAGUUCAUGAAGAAGGAAUUUGAGCGGAAGGGAAGGAAGCACGACGGUCCUCCCAAGGGCUACGGCUGCGGCGAGAUUGGCCACAUCAAGUCAAGCUGUCCAAAAGCGAAACACGGCAAAGAUAAGCCCGGCUUCAAGAAGCAAAGGGCUUACAUCUCUUGGGGUGGCGAUUCCGGCGACGAAUCAACCGACCAAGAGGAGGACGAAGCUGCAAAUCUCUGCCUCAUGUCGCACGAAGAUCAAAACGACGACGUCCAAGAGGAAGGAAUAGGUUUUGAUAAAAAUAAAGCUAAAGAUAAUGUUGAGCCACCACCUAGACAAUCAUCUAAGGUUCAACAUAAGAAACCUAGAAAUCAAGAUAAUAGAAAACCUAGUCAACCUAAGGACACUAGACAACCUAGACUAAAACCUAGGAACGAAAAUGGUCAUGAUAAUGCUCGCUUGGCGAGAAAGGCUAUUUGUGAUGAUCUUGUAGAUUCACUCGAAAGAUUACACGUUGAAGACGAGGAAGAAGACACGCCAUUAUACACCAACCCGCAACCACAACCUGAGGAAACACCUCAAGUGAUGGUCGAAAAUGAGGACCAAGCGGACGAAGAAGAACAAGAGGAAGCCCAGGAACAAGAGGAAACCGAGCUUCCCAUCGCUUGGAGAACGCACAAGAACCAUCCACUUGACCAGGUAAUCGGCUGCAUCAACCGCGGGGUAAGUACUCGUAAUUCUCUUAGGGACACCGUAGGUCACAUGGCUUUUGUUUCUCAAAUUGAACCUACAACCAUUUCCGAAGCAAUAAAUGAUGAACAUUGGACCUUGGCUAUGCAAGAGGAGCCAAACCAAUUCAAACGGAAUGACGUUUGGCUAUGCAAGAGGAGCCGAUUUUGAAGAAACCUAUGCACCCGUAGCACGUUUUGUAACACCCCGGCCCCCACCCUAGCCGUAAGUGUCUACUCAUAGGAUUG